GUGCGCAGUGCGCGGGCCGGCCGUCGUGGGCGCCGCUCCCGCAGCUCGGUGUCUGUGGGAGCCGGCGUUGCGGCGGCGCGGGGCUGCGGGCCGAGGGCCGUGGGCAAGUCUGGCGUGAGGAGCGCGGCCGCGCCUGGCCGGGGGGCGGGGCCGGCUUGCGGGAGCGCCGCGCCGGUUGCGGCGAGCUGAGAGGCGGUGCGCGUCUGCCGGGGGGUCGGCGGGCGCUGUGUAAUGUUCAAGCUCAGAAAUGCCUUAUGUGGAUCGUCAGAAUCGCAUUUGUGGUUUUCUAGACAUUGAAGAAAAUGAAAACAGUGGGAAAUUUCUUCGAAGGUACUUCAUACUGGAUACCAGAGAAGAUAGUUUUGUAUGGUACAUGGAUAAUCCACAGAACCUACCUUCCGGAUCAUCACGUGUUGGAGCCAUUAAACUUACCUACAUUUCAAAGGUCAGCGAUGCAACUAAGCUAAGGCCAAAGGCUGAGUUCUGUUUUGUUAUGAAUGCAGGGAUGAGGAAAUAUUUCCUACAAGCCAAUGAUCAGCAGGACCUAGUAGAAUGGGUAAAUGUGUUGAACAAAGCUAUAAAAAUUACAGUACCAAAGCAGUCAGACUCACAGCCUCAUUCUGAUAACCUAAGUCGCCAAGGUGAGUGUGGGAAGAAGCAAGUGUCUUACAGAACCGACAUUGUUGGUGGUGUGCCCAUCAUUACUCCAACUCAGAAAGAAGAGGUAAACGAAUGUGGUGAAAGUAUUGACAGAAAUAAUUUGAAACGGUCCCAAAGCCAUCUUCCUUACUUUUCUCCUAAACCACCUUCAGACAGUGCAAUUAUCAAAGCUGGAUAUUGUGUGAAACAAGGAGCAGUGAUGAAAAACUGGAAGAGAAGAUAUUUUCAGUUGGAUGAAAACACAAUAGGCUACUUCAAAUCUGAACUGGAAAAGGAACCUCUGCGCGUAAUACCACUUAAAGAGGUUCAUAAAGUCCAGGAGUGUAAGCAGAGUGACAUAAUGAUGAGGGACAACCUCUUUGAAAUUGUAACAUCAUCUCGAACUUUCUAUGUGCAGGCUGAUAGCCCUGAAGAGAUGCACAGUUGGAUUAAAGCCGUCUCGGGCGCCAUUGUGGCCCAGCGGGGACCCGGCCGAUCAGCGUCUUCGAUGCGGCAGGCUAGAAGGCUGUCGAAUCCUUGUAUACAGAGGAGCAUUCCAGCUGUCCUUCAGAAUCCAAAUACGCUUUCCGCCCCGCCAGCGCAGCCGCCGCCUCACAUUCCGCAGCCUCUCGCAGCAACUCUUUGGUCUCAAGCUUUACCGUGGAGAAGCGAGGAUUUUACGAAUCUCUUGCCAAGGUCAAGCCAGGGAACUUCAAGGUCCAGACUGUCUCUCCAGGAGAACCAGCUUCCAAAGUGACUGAACAAGCUCUGCUAAAACCUCAAAGUACAAAUGGCCCUCAGGAAAAAGAUCGUGACCCCGUGGACUUGGAUGAUGCGAGCCUUCCCGUGAGCGAUGUGUAAGGUGGUAGCACGCAGAGCCUGCCCCGCCGCAGCAACUGCUGCGUUUCCUUUCAUGAGGCUUCUAGCCAAAGAUGAGAAAGAGUAGACUGGUUAAGUGUGUAUAUUAUACUGCCUCUGAGAUGUACUCUUUAUAAGCUGGUAAACCAAGAAUCUAGGGAGUGGCCAAACUAAACGUAAUUUCUUUAAAAAAAAAAAAAAAGAAAGAAAACCUAAGUGUCUCAGUAUCAACUGUCUGAAGCUUUGUGUUCUCAUUCGAGUGAUAAAAAUGUGUGUGAUAUUUUUAGUGAAUUUGACAGUUUAAAUGUUUAACAACUGAAAACAUUAAAAAUGCUUAUUAUUUUGGUUGUUUUUAAAAUGCUACUAUGACUUCCUAUUAGAUGUUCAAUAUUUACACAUUCUUACUGGUUAAUAUUAUUGAAUGAAAUAUUGCCAGACUAAGAUAUCUAAACUCAUGAUGUCUGUGGUGCUGUAAAAUUUAUACUACGAUGUGGACUGUUUUGAAAUAACCAUUUUCGAUGCUCUGGAUCUCGAGGUGAGUGGUGAGUUUGAAUGGAGGAUAGUAUUGGACCAUUAGUGAGGGUUGUAGGUGUACCAGGGUGGAGAAAAGGGGAAAAUUAGAGUUCAAACAACCAUAUCUUGGACAUUUGUUUGAAACGCUUAAUCAGGAUUUGGCGGCGGUCAUUGCUUUAUUCCAUGAAAAUUAUUUGGUGUGAAAUUUCUGAGAGAUCUGGUUUUCUUAUCAAAGUUUUGUAAGUAAUUCUUUCUUCUAUAUUUGGAUCAGUGAGAAACCUCACGUUUAUAUGUGAAGACAUGCUGCCCUUAGUCAUGCGAUGGUAGCCUUUACUUUUUGUCACUAAUAACCUGUAUUCAGGUGCCUAUAUUUCUUCAUCUUCUUUAGGGAUGUUAUGAGCUCAAAAGUCCUACAUGAUUGGUUUUAAAUGUUGGGAUAAAAUUAAUUUUCAGUGGCAUAGUUUAAUGUGUUAAAUAAGGUAUUUUAUGUUAGAGAUACCAGACUGCUGUCUUUCUGCUGCCUGUGCAAUAUGUUUUAAAACACAAAUUUGAGUAUAUGUGUAGUCACAGGGAUAUCAUAGAUAUUUACACCUCUCUAAAAAGUCUUUUAUUUCUGGUGUUGAAUAACAGACCAGGUAGGACAAGUACCAUUUUUACGGUUCAGUCUUAAACAUUUGCUUUAAGAAAAUAGUCUUGAAUUUCACAUGCUGCUAUUUUGAUGAUGUUUUGCUAUUUUACAGUACUGUUUGUUUUGAAUUCAUACUUGUCACUGUUCCUCCUUUUCAUUUUCUAAGCUGACUUUUUGUUGGAGGAGAGAGAUUUCCUACUACAGAGUGGGGUCCAGAGGUUACUAUCUAUUCUACUAGGAUUAUGAUAGCAUCAGUUUAAAAAUCCAAAUGCAUAAAGAAUGCACCACUUCAACUUUUUUACUCAUAAGCUAAUAUUUUAAAAAAUCAUUUAGAUUUUUUCUUUUUUGCAGCUAUAUUUGAAAAUGAUAGAAUGAAAAGGUUUUAAGUAGUUACCACUUUUCUGCUGAUAUAUCCUAUAACGGCUCUUUCGAAAGUUCCUUUUUCAUGAACACACCUAAGAAAUCUUGUGUAGAUGGUUUGAGAUAUUCAGGAGCCUGAUGCUGUUUCUUUGGUACAGCUACUGCAUUGCAUGUUCGUUUUAACAUAUUUUGGUAUUGAUAAUUUGAUAUAUUUCAUAGUGGCAAAAUACUAGCUCUAUUUUGGGACUUUUUAUAGAACUACCCUUGUAUUCAAUAGCAUAGGAAAAUGUGCUUGUGAUUGUCAGGUCUCUUAAUAUUUAUCUCAAUACUUUUAUAAUUCUAUGAAAAUUAUUUAAUUAUUUUAAAACUUAUACUUUUCUUGUAAAUAUGUCACAUCUGAAUUGUCAAAAAUUUACUUUGAACACCUUAAUAUUUGCUGCAUUUUCUUCUGUAUAUAUAACGUCUUCUUUCAGAAUGGGAAUGUACGUGCACUUCCCAAUGUUUACUUCUGUGUCUGUUAUCUUUAUGUGUCGGACUGGUUGAACACUGUAAUGACUUGAGAAUAAACUGCUCAAAAUUAA